AUGUGCGAUAUGUGUCUCUACUGGAAGAAGCUGCACACAUGUGGGCACCUCUCUGAUCGCCCGUACAUCGAGAUGUGCCGUCCAGGCUUUCUCUCCAACAACGUGUGCCCCGACAUCAGCGACGACGACAAGCCUCGUCCGUCGCACUUCCCAUGUUACCCUUGCAUCAAGCUCGAGGCCCGCGCUGAGACUGAAGCCCAAGUCCGGUUCGAGCAGCACGAGUUUGCCAAGGCCUACGAAGCUCGCGAGCGCGCAGUGAGGGAGAAGCAGGCAGCGGAACUGAGGGCCAAAGAGGAGCGCGUCCGACGUGAGGCUCGCGACAAGGCCGCACGGGAGCGAGAAGCGGAACAGCGUGCGAAGCGCGAGAAAGAGGAAGCUGAGCGCAAGGCCAAGAAAGAGGGGGGUGCCUGGAUCGAGACGUCGGUUGGAAAGAAGCCAAAAGGCAAGAGGAACGGCGGUGGCAGUGGCCCUGCCAACGCUCCAGUAACACCAUUGAACACCGUAUCGACCAUCAAGAUGGCUGCCGCACCCAAGAACAUCAAAGAGCUCAGUGGAGGCGCUGGAGGUGGUGAGAGGAUGAGUCCCAAGAAGGGUCGUGUUGAUCCCGGUGGUAGAGCUGGUACUUGGGGCCCUAAGAAGAUCUUGAGCAGGCAAGAGAACGUCGCUGAGGUCAACACUUCCGCCAGAAACCUUCAGAAUUUUCAACUCGCGACACUCAACAACAUCCGCUCGACAAACACCUCACUCACGCUGGUUAUCAUGACCUCAGGAACAGACUCCAGUAACCCCAAGGAAUCCGAGCUUGCCGACCGGCCAUCUUCCAUGGCUGCAGCAGCAUUUCUAGGAAUUGCAUGGUUCAUCUGCAUCGAGCUGAAUAUUCGCCUACUUUACAGGGCCACGCGUAGAAGCCUCUACUUCUGGAGCUGCUUGCUCUGCAGUUGGGGUCUCAUUGUCCACGGCAUCUCGAUCGUCCUAGCCAACUUCAACAAGUGGACGUCGUACUCGGCCAUCGUCUUCAUCUACCUCUCAUGGCUCGUCUUCGUCGUCGCUCAGUCUUUUGUCCUCUACUCACGCCUCGGCCUCGUGUGGAGAAACACGAAGAAAGACCGCUAUAUCCUCUACAUGAUUACUACUAACUCGGUCAUCUUUGGCCUUACCACACGCCACCCACGCUUCAGCGCACGACUCGAGAAGGCCAACCUGAUCUGGGACAAAGUGCAAGUCGGCGCUUUCUUCACCCAAGAAUGCAUUAUCGGAAUGCUAUACAUCUGGCAAACAUCGAAGUACUUCCAGAGCCUCGAGCUCCUCGGCAAUAGUCGUCGCACCACUCGAGACAACCUCCGCAAUCUCAUCGCUGUCAACGUCCUCAUAAUCAUGCUCGAUGCCAGCGUCCUGGGCUUGGCCUAUAGCGGUCGCUUCUUCAUGCAGGGCUUCUAUAAGGUCGCUGUAUAUGCCGUCAAGCUGCGCACGGAGUUUACCAUCUUAAACCAGCUGAGGCAGGCGCUUGCGGGUGGAUCGACAGGUGCGUCGGGAUUUGCUGUGCAGACCGACCAGAGACCUAUCGUGAUGGCUCCUCUAAAGUCAAACGACGUGGUGGAGACGGUUGAAUGA